AUGGAUGUGCCAGAUACAAAGAGGAUUGUCAUCGUGGGAAAAAGUGGAGCUGGGAAAAGCAGCCUAGCCAACACUAUAUUUGGUGAUCAAGUAUUCCAGACAGAUAAUUCUCCCAAAUCUGGAACAACCAAAUGUAAAGCAGUAACCAAAUCUGUCAAUGGGAGAAGAAUCACUUUGAUCGACACUCCUGGUUUGUUUGACACAAACAAGUCUGAGGAGGAGCUGAAGCCUGAGAUAGUGAGGUGUAUCACAGAGUGCGCUCCUGGGCCUCAUGCUUUUCUCAUUGUGUUUAAAGUGGAUAGAUUCACCGAGCAAGAGCAGGAUGUCAUCAACAGAAUAUCUCAGUAUUUCUCUGAAGCAGUUCUGAAAUAUGCUGUAAUUCUCUUCACUCAUGGCGACCAGCUUGAUGAAGGAAAGAAGAUUGAGGAUUUUGUCAGUCAGAGUGAGGAUCUGAGUGAUCUGGUGAAGAAAUGCGGCAACCGGUGUCACGUCAUUGAUAAUAAAUACUGGAAGAAGACGGAGCAGGAUGAAUACAGGAGCAACAAGUUCCAGGUGGCAGAGCUGCUCAACACAUUUGACAAGAUAGUGAAGGAAAACAAUGGAGGCUGCUAUACCAAUGAAAUGCUGCAAAAAAUUGAGAGAGACAUACAAAAUGAGGAAACGACUAUUAGACAGACAUUCACAAACAUGUCACAGGAAGAGGUCAGAAAUGAAGCCAAAAAAAUAGUGUCAGCAAGCAUUUUAAUCCAGUUGACAGGUAUAGGGAUAGGCAUGUUGUUCGGAGGUUUACUUGGUGUGCCAGCAAUGGUUACAAAGCUUGUGGAACACUUGCAGUCACCAAAAGCAGUAGCAGUAACACUAGCAAAAGAUACAAUGAACAUAGCAGUGAAUGUAGUUAGAGCAGGUUAUACAGGAUAUUGUGCAGUUAAGGAUUCAAAAUCAACAAAGGAGGCGGCAGAGAAGGCCAUUGAGGCCGUCAUGAAAACUAUGGAUAUGCCAAGAAUUCAAGGAAAGGAGCCAACCUAA